AUGGCUGCUUGUCAUCUCCGUUCAAUCAGCUUCCCAUCCAGAUCUCAUCCUCUAACUGUUAGUAUUGAGGAGCAGCUAUACAAGUUGAAGGCAUCACAAUCUUCAUCAAUAGGCCACAAAUUGAAUGGCCUAAAGAAUUUGCUCGAGUGUGUUGAUGAUUUACUUCAACUGCCACAAGCCCAACAGACUCUGUCCCCUGAGAGGCAAAGCCAGUAUGUACAAAAUGCAUUGAAUGGAUCUCUGGAAUUGUUGGAUUUUUGUGAUUCCACAAGAGACUUUUUCUCACAGAUGAAGGAACGUGUUCAGGAGUUUGAAUUAUCUAUCCGUAGAAGAAAAGGCAGAGACUGUGGCUUGACAAGCGAAGUUGAUGCAUAUAUGGCAUCAAGAAAAAAUCUGAAUAAAGCAAUUUGCAAAUGUCUAAAAAAUUUGAAGAAAAAGGAGAGAAAUUGCACAACAGCAGUUUUGGACAGUAAUUCUGAUUUGCUGAACAUGAUUAGCAUGCUAAGAGGAGUUCAAGCAAUUGGUCUUGUGGUGUUUGAGUCGAUAUUAUCUUUCAUUUCUGAGCCAAAGGCAAAAUCAGUGCCCACUGGCUGGUCUGUCAUCUCAAAAUUAUUGCAAACCAAGCGCGUCUCAUGUGAAGUGGAAAUUGAGGUCAAUGAAGCAGAGAAGAUUGAUGCUGAAUUGCUCAUCUUGAAGUCAAGCAAAGAGAUCAGUCUUUCACAACUUCAAAACCUUCUUAAAGAAUUGGAAGCAUUUGAGUCAAGCAUUAAAGAGGCAGAAGAGGAGCUGGAAAGCAUCUAUAGGCGAUUGGUGAAAACCAGAGUAUCCCUUCUCAACAUUCUGAAUCAUUAG